CGCCUCUCCGACUGCUUGGUGGUCUGCCCGUAUAAAUAAAGACAGUGACUUCCUCUGCGCUUGCUCUAACGUCCACAAACGGAACGUAACCUUCUCAUCUUUCCCUCUCUAUCGCCUCCCCUCUCUAUAUAUGGCACUUCGGCGGACGCCGGUGAGCUGUCUCAUCUUCGGCGGCCAUCGAGCAGGUUCUCAGCUGGCCUUGACUUUAGGGAAUCUCGCGUUCUCUGAUGGGGCCGAAUGCGGUAUCCAUCUCCACCACGAGUAUCACACCUCCCCUGAUGCUACCGCCAGGGAGGUCUUCCGGCGUUUCCUCCAGCGGCGGAUGCUGAACAACCAGCCUGCCCAGAGGCCACCAGACCUCAUCUCCAUCCCAGUUGGGGAGAAGCUCCGAGAGAAGCUGCGAGGCAUCAGCAUUCCAGUGGGCGACCGGCUCUGGCUCCGUGGUCUCUCGCCUCUGGCAACGCCGGUCGUUGGUGGUCCAAUAGGUGAACUGUCGGUUGACGAUGCACGGAAAGUACUAAAACUAUCUCUGCUGCUGAAGCUGACCGCGAGGCUCAGGGAGCUGCCAGAGAGCUCCAUUUCAUACGGCGAGCUGGUGAGGAUAUGUUCCGAAGCCUGCGGCGGUGAUGGAGAUAAGGCGGUCGAGCUCGCGAGGGCGCUGGACAAGUCGGCAAACAUCAUCAUUCUAGGCGAUUCAGUAUUUCUGAAACCUGAGCAGGUGGCCAAAUCAAUUGAGGCCCUGAUGUCCCAGACCAUUCCCAAGCCCAACGACCCAAGGAGGUACCAGCUCGAGCGGAUGGAGAGGCAGAAGGCGGAGAUUGACUGGCGGGCCAGGGCCCAGGUGAGGGCGGAGCUCUGCGGCGGGCUAGGCCUCGUGGUGGCCCAGACGCUGGCCUUCAUGAGGCUGACCUUCUGGGAGCUGAGCUGGGACGUGAUGGAGCCCAUCUGCUUCUUCGCCGCCUCCCUCCACUUCGCCGCCGCCUACGCCUUCUUUCUCUGCACCUCCGUCGAGCCCUCCUUCCAGGGCUACUUCGAGCAGCGGUUCAGGACCAAGCAGCGGAAGCUCAUGGCCGCUCAUGGCUUCGAUCUCGAGAUGUACAACCGCCUCCGUCGCCUUUUCUAUCCCGAGCCGGGCAGCAAAUAUAGUCCGGUAGGAAGUUUUUCUCGCGCUGUAGUUUGCAGCGAAUAGGGCGGGAGAUGGAAGGAAGCUUUCGAGGAAAGUGGAAACAAAAAGAGCUCUAGUUCUCAACAUGCAUGUCAUGUGUAGAUUAGAAAGGUUAAAUACAUCAUAUAAUUUUAAGUCCCGAGCUUAACAAAUUUGAACA